AUGGGUGGAGUGACGCGUUAUCUGUCGACAUGGAUGCAAGACGUGGAUGAUGUCUCCCGGGAAACAAAAACGCCACGCCUAUCGGGGCGAGUACAUAUCCUGGGCAUGGGAAAUGUAGGGACCUUUGUUGCCCACUCCCUGGCCGCGAGGCAGUCUCCGCCGCCCAUCACCUUACUCCUGCACAAGCCCGAAUUCUACGAAGAGUUUCGAAAGAAGAAAGAAUGUCUCGUUGUCAACACCAACGGCCUGGACGACAUCAAAUCUGGAUUCGAUGUCAAUGUGUUGGACAAUGGGGUAUGGUAUUCCCCGCCGUCUUCGAGGGACAUGACCGACCGAGCCGCAAGCGAGCAGGGGCCGGCAGAACUCCAGGAGACAGCUCAAGCACAGGAAGAUGAGGAGCCCAUCGAGUGUCUGAUUGUGUGUACAAAGGCGAACGUGACACAAGCAGCCGUGCGGACUGUCAGCCACCGCUUGACGCCCAACUCGACCGUUCUCUUGAUCCAAAAUGGCAUGGGCGUGUUCGACGAGAUCAACCGUUGGAUUUUUCCUGAUCCCAAGAAACGGCCCCAUUACAUGAUGGGAAUCUUCAGCCACGGCCUGACCAAGAAAAGCACUUUGCACGUGUCCCACAUGGGUGUCGGGACAACCAUUCUCAGCCCCAUGGUGGCCAACAACACGCCUGUGGCCGCGGCCGAGAAUGACACCCACUGGGCGGCCACAACCAAAUAUUUGCUUCGUCUCAUGACUCUCACUCCGCCGCUGGUCGCCGUUGCCGAGACUCCUGCCGGUCUGCUCCAAUACCAACUCGAGAAAUUAGCGGUGAAUAGCAUCAUAAACCCGCUGACCGCGCUCAGCGGCUGCGCCAACGGCGAGCUUCUGUACAUUUUCAGCUACACUCGUGUCAUCCGCUUGCUGCUUUUCGAGAUCUCGGCCGUAAUCUGCGCUUUGCCCGAAUUGCAGGGCAUUCCCGGCGUCGAGGACCGUUUCGCGCCGGAGCGCCUCCGUCGGCGCGUUGUGAAUGUCGCAUAUACUACGGCCAAAAAUAGGAGCUCUAUGCUGCAGGAUUUCCAGAGUAAAAAGGCCACCGAGAUUGACUACUUUAAUGGCUACAUUGUGCGCCGUGGCGAAGAAUUGGGCAUCAAAUGCGUGCUGAAUUACAUGAUCAAGCACCUGGUGAACUCUCAAUUGGCUGUGCUGCGACGGAGAGAAGACAGUGCGAUCCCGAUUGACAUCGACAACAUCGUCCUCCAUAAUUUGGAAGGAGAAGAAGAGCUCGGCCAACUGGAAGGCGAAGAAUUUCUUCAGGAUGAAACCCAGGAGCACAAUAAAGAAAGCAGCCAGGGGCGAAUUCCACAAUAG